AUGCCACUUUGCCGCUUCACCAAUGGUCAUGCAUACCAGUUCAUUCCUGGUAGUGUCUGUUCUGAAGGCGAUGUGUCUAAGACAGAAAUCUUCCGUGGGGUUGCAAGGGAGCUGGCAAGGUGGCACACCCUGCUUCAACCUGUCAUUCUUCAAGGAGCCAGGAAAGAGCUUGACUACGAGGCGAGUGUGUGGUCGACUGCAAAGAAAUGGCUUAAUGCAAUCUCCAAUAGUUCGAAGCGGUCAAAGGCCGAGAUCGAAGACCUGCAAGAAAAGUUUCAGUACCUAACCGACAAGCUGCUGCCCACUGAUGUUAUGCCGGAACCCCUGGUGCUUGGCCACGGUGACCUUUUGUGUGGCAACAUUAUUGUACAAGAGUCGGCUGAUGGCAUGAAGGCUGCGAAUGGGGCCACAGAUGUCGCAACUGUGCGCUUCAUAGAUUACGAACAUGCCACUUACUGCCCUCGGGCGUUUGAACUUGCGAAUCAUUUCGCCGAAUGGACUGGCUUCGAGUGUGACUACUCCAAGCUGCCAAGCACGUCAACCCGCCGAGACUUUGUUCAUGAGUACCUCAAGACGCACGCCGAUCUUCAUCGGCAACACCAACACCAACGAGACUGCCAUGUAACCGAUUGUCACUUCGCGAGAAAGACAGCAUCAGAUCUGCCGGCUCCCAAUGAUGCCCAGGUGGAGAAGCUCAUGCGUCAGGUUGAUGAUUACAGGGGAUUCCCUGGGUUUUACUGGGGUCUCUGCGCUCUCAUCCAAGCUGAGACAGCGACCGGAACUAUCGACUUUGACUACGCGGGAUAUGCUCAGAAGCGCUUUGCUGAAUACGAGGCAUGGCGCAGGGUCCAGGAUGGCAAUGUCGGUUCUGGUGAGGAGAUGCCCUUGCGUGAAAAGAAUUGGGCGCUUCCGUGA